AUGGACUGCUGUGGCGCCAUGUCCGCCAGGCCGCGGGGCAUCCACGAGGAGACGCUGCUGCGCGUCCCGGGCGCGUCCGUGCACCUCAUGGCCGGCUCCGACGGGCCCGUCGAGCUCGCGCGCGGGGACCUCGCUGUCGUCAGGCUCACCAAGGACGACGUGGCCGUGGCCACCGCGGUGCGCGUCGGCAAGGACCUGGGCUGGCCGCUCGCGCGGGACGAGCCCGUCGUCAAGCUCGACCGCUUGCACUACCUCUUCACGCUGCCGGACAAGGACGGAACGUUCCUCAACUACGGCGUCUCCUUCAACGCCGCCGCCGCCGACGCCGACGCCUCCGCGCUGGUGUCGCUCGACGGCUUGCUCCGCUCCAGCGCGUGCUUCUCCGCACCUUCUUACGCGGUGGUUCCGUCCAAGAGCUCCAGGAAGCCGCCGCCGCAGCAGCAGCAGCCGGUUGCGUCGGACGGGUACUGGAACGAGUUCGCGCCGAGGAUGGAAGGCUACAACGGCGUGCUUGCCAAGGCCAUCGCCGCGGGCACCGGCCAGCUCGUGAAGGGCAUCUUCAUGUGCAGCGAGGCCUACGCCAGCCAGGUUCAAAGAGGAGCCGAUCUCUUUCGUCCUCAAGCUGCCGGCAGCGCGCGGAGCCGAUUCGGCGACGCUGGUGGUGCUGACAGGAGCAGCCAGGCGAGCACCAAGCGUGGAGCAGUCAACAAGAGUCUCAAGAGGGUCAGGAAGCUGUCGGAGAUGACCGAGAAGAUGAGCCAGUCGCUGCUCGAUACGGUCAUCUCGGUGACCGGGUCCAUGGCAGCGCCGCUGAUCCGCUCCAAGCAAGGGAGAGCAUUCCUCGCCACCGUACCCGGCGAGGUCAUUCUGGCAUCUCUUGAUGCCAUCAACAAAGUAAUGGAUGCGGUAGAGGCCGCUGAGAAGAAGUCGCUUGCUGCAACUUCAAAUGUCGUCGCCGGUGCAGUGUCCAGGAGGUACGGCGAGAGCGCAGGGGAGGCAACCCAAGACGCGUUCGCGACGGCCGGCCACGCAGUGGGGACGGCGUGGAACCUCUUCAAGAUACGGAAGGCCGUGACACCGUCGUCCUCCAUGCCCGGGAACAUGGUCAAGAGCGCCAUAAGGAACAGGAACUGA